GGUAAUUUCCGGUUAUAUUCUGUAAAGCUCUAUAGACCGUAGUGUGCUCAGGGCGGGAAAAGCGUAUAUCCGCUGCAGCACUUCCCUGGGGGGGAAGCCGUGAUUGGAGGAAGCCAGAUUCGCCAUUUCUGACGUAUGAAGAGGCUUCAGACGGCCGGGUGAAUCACUGGAGCGACUGUAAAGAUUAAAAGGCAGAAAUGGGGCGCAGAAAGUCGAAGAGGAAGCCUCCACCUAAGAAGAAGAUGACUGGAAAUCUUGACACGCAAUUUACCUGCCCCUUCUGUAACCACGAGAAAUCCUGUGACGUCAAGAUGGAUAGAGAACGGAACACUGGGGUGAUUUCCUGCACCGUUUGCCUGGAAGAGUUCCAGACUCCAAUAACCUAUCUUUCAGAGCCCGUAGAUGUGUAUAGUGACUGGAUUGAUGCCUGUGAAGCAGCUAAUCAGUAGCAGGCUCUACUUGUGAAGACCUCUCUUACCAUCCUUCCCUCACAGCUGCCAACAUUUGUGUUUUGGUCCAUUGGUUACACCACACACAACCUCAGUUCAAGUUCAUGGUGCUCACUUACUAAAACCCUGGGAUCUGGAUCAGGGAGGCAGUUCAGCCAUCAAAAAUAUGAGCAUACAGAAGCUAGAAGCAAUCAAAUAGUGGCUCUUUUAUAUGCGUGUAAAUCCAAGGUUUAUAUGACUAGCAUUUUAUUUGCUCUGUAAUCAAAAAUGGGGAGUAUUAUUACACAUUUCUCUAAUUUAUACCAAGCACUGUGUACCACCAAAACACCAUAAACCAGGAAGUAAAUGUGCCCUGGUGAGGAGCUGUUCAAGAUCAGGUAUUAAAUGCUCAUCUGCUAUUAAACCCCUGUAUCCCUUGGUUUUUACUGCUGACUGUGCAGGGCAGAUACUUUAAAUCUGCUUUAAUCUUCAAAUUAAAGUAGUCUUAAAUGCAUUUAAAGGGACACUAAAUACAUUUCAUGCCCCUAACUAAUUGAUAGUGCUGCCAUAAUGGAACCUAGGUUACACUACAGGUAUAUGGAGAGUUACUGCACAUGUGCAAGCACACCAGCACUGGAAUACAGUCAAAGCUAGAUUUCAAACAUGGCAGCCCUCAUGACUAUAGGGAGUUGGGGAAUAACUUCAAUACUAUGUUUAUAACAUGUAGUGUUUAAUGUCCCUUUAAAAAUAAAAUAGUCCAUCUUUACAGGCCUUGAUCGAUAUAUACUGCAGACUAAGGAAAUUUGAGAAAGUUUAGUUUUUAUUUUAAAUAAAAGGUGCUUCCUGACUUUUUUUCUUUUUCAGCCCACAUAUGACAGGAAUCAUGCAAGUUAGCUAAAUGUGAAUAGGGAAUGCGUGGUACAUAUUAAUAUUGUAUUGCAAGUGUUGUCAAUAUCACCAGAGACUAGAGAAAUGUAUGUAUGUAUGUACGUACGUACAUACAUACAUAUAUUUUAAAGGGAGUUGUGAACUGUGCUCAAAUAACUAAUAGCUUGCCAAAUUUGGGUAAAAAUGUCGGGAUUGCAUAUGUGAAUCAAUGUAAACUAUACUUUUAAUUUAGAUUGAGAUUGACACCUUUUUUUUUUUUUUUUGCAACACAAAAUGGGUCUCAUGUAAUAGUAAAACAAUGAAAUGCAGUGUAUUUCAGGCUCAAGGCUGUUAAUGGGUUUAGAAGAGAAGAGUUUGUGUUUGUAAAUAUUCUAGUGGGAUGUUUAUUUUUAUUGUGUUGAAAAUCGCAAUUGUUACAGAUUGAUCUGAAAGUGUUAUUUUUAUUAAAACUGAAAUUGCGUGA